UGCGCCAUUCGAUUGUGGAAAAUACCACCAGAUGGCGGUUUAGGAUUGCUGCUCUACUGAAAGGCGCGGUUCCGCUCGCAGUCCAAUUUCCAAUUAAAAACCUUUGCCGUUUUUCAAAAUAUUUUCUAAAUUUUCAACGGGGGAGAGUUAAACGCUACAGUAAUGAACGGGAAAGGUUAUUGUGGGAUAUGCCUAUCUUGAAGACAUUGGUGUGCACAAGACGGUUUCUUUUUAGAUUUUUGCAAGAAGUUAAUAAAGAAUUAGUUAAACACUUGUGAGAAGACGUUCUUAACCAACAUUUUUAAAAGGUUCUAAAGUGAAAAGCUGCUAAGAAAAAAAAUGAUUACUUCAGAGCUACCGGUUUUACAGGACUCAACGAAUGAGUCUGGGCAGGCGGAGGCGGUUGCUGUCAGCGUCAGUGUGAGUGAACUGGAGGACACCAGCGAGGUCAAGGGCAAGAGGAAGAGAGGGCGCCCUGGAAGGCCUCCGUCUGCCAACAAAAAACCUCGGAAGUCACCUGCUGAAAAGAACCAGUUAGCAGGAUCUAGAGGAGGGAGAAAAGCCAACGGGGUCCCCCAGCAGAACGGAGACAGUGAGCCUGUCACCCUGUUUGAGGUGGUGAAGAUGGGCAAGAGUGCCAUGCAGGCUGUAGUUGAUGACUGGAUUGAGUCCUACAAGCAGGACCGAGACAUAGCACUUCUGGAUCUGAUCAAUUUCUUUAUCCAGUGCUCUGGGUGUAAAGGCACUGUAAGAAUUGAGAUGUUCCGAAACAUGCAGAAUGCAGAGAUUAUCAGAAAAAUGACAGAAGAAUUUGACGAGGACAGCGGUGAUUACCCACUCACUAUGCCAGGUCCUCAGUGGAAGAAAUUCAGAUCAAACUUUUGUGAAUUUAUUGGGGUGCUAAUUCGACAGUGUCAGUACAGUAUCAUUUAUGACGAGUACAUGAUGGACACUGUUAUUUCCCUACUUACUGGGCUCUCGGACUCCCAGGUCAGAGCCUUUAGGCAUACCAGUACUCUGGCAGCUAUGAAGCUUAUGACUGCCCUUGUCAACGUGGCCUUGAAUCUGAGUAUCCACCAGGAUAACACACAGAGGCAAUACGAGGCAGAGAGAAACAAAAUUGUAGGAAAGCGUGCAAAUGAGAAAUUGGAGUUGCUUUUAGAAAAGCGUAAAGAGCUUCAAGAAAAUCAGGAUGAGAUUGAAAAUAUGAUGAACUCUAUUUUCAAGGGUAUUUUCGUUCACCGAUAUAGGGAUGCAAUUGCUGAAAUCAGAGCUAUUUGUAUAGAGGAAAUUGGUGUUUGGAUGAAGAUGUACAGUGAUGCCUUCCUUAAUGACAGUUAUCUUAAAUAUGUUGGUUGGACUCUGCAUGACCGGCAAGGUGAAGUCAGGUUGAAGUGUUUGAAAGCUCUGCAAAAUCUCUACACCAACAGGGAACUCUUUCCAAAAUUGGAACUUUUCACAAACAGGUUUAAGGAUCGAAUUGUGUCCAUGACCCUUGAUAAAGAGUAUGAUGUAGCUGUAGAAGCCAUUCGAUUGGUGACUUUAGUAUUACAAGGGAGUGAGGAUGCCCUGUCCAAUGAAGACUGCGAGAAUGUGUACCAUCUGGUGUACUCGGCCCAUCGCCCUGUGGCAGUAGCAGCGGGAGAGUUCCUGCAUAGGAAGUUGUUCAGCCGACAUGACCCCCAAGCAGAGGAGGCCUUGGCCAAGAGAAGAGGGAGAAAUAGCCCUAAUGGAAAUCUCAUUAGAAUGCUUGUACUGUUCUUCUUAGAAAGUGAGCUACAUGAGCAUGCAGCCUAUUUGGUGGAUAGUUUAUGGGAAAGCUCACAGGAACUGCUAAAGGACUGGGAGUGCAUGACUGAAUUACUGGUGGAGGAGGCUGUUCAAGGAGAGGAAGUAUUGUCAGACAGACAGGAAACUGCACUGAUAGAGCUAAUGAUGUGCACCAUUCGACAGGCAGCAGAGGCUCACCCUCCAGUUGGCAGAGGAACUGGAAAGAGAGUACUGACUGCCAAAGAAAGGAAAACACAGAUUGAUGACAAAAAUAAGCUAACUGAGCACUUCAUUAUGGCACUUCCAAUGUUGCUUUCCAAGUAUCAAGCUGAUUCUGAGAAGGUGGCAAAUCUAUUACAAAUCCCUCAAUAUUUUGACCUAGACAUCUAUAGUGCAGGGAGGAUGGAGAAGCACCUAGAUGCCCUGUUAAAACAAAUCAAGUUUGUGGUGGAAAAGCAAACAGAGACAGAUGUGUUGGAAGCCUGCAGUAAAACGUAUAGCAUUCUGUGCAGUGAGGAAUACACCAUCAUGAACAGAGUGGACAUUGCCCGCAGUCAGCUCAUAGACGAGCUGGUGGACAGGUUCAAUCAUUCAGUGGAGGAACUGCUGCAAGAGGGUGAAGAAGCAGAUGAUGAUGAUAUUUAUAAUGUACUUUCAACUUUGAAGCGACUAACGGCAUUCCAUAAUGCACACGAUCUUACCAAGUGGGAUAUGUUUGGAAAUUGCUACAGGUUGCUGAAGGCAGGUGUUGAGCAGGGAUCAAUGCCAGAGCAAAUUGCAGUACAGGCCCUGCAGUGUUCUCACUACUCUAUUCUCUGGCAGCUUGUCACGAUUACAGAAGGAUCCCCAUCCAAGGAUGAUCUAAUUGCACUAAGAAAAGUUGUCAAGUCUUUCCUUGCUGUUUGCCAGCAAUGCUUAUCGAAUGUCAACACUCCAGUUAAAGAACAGGCCUUUAUGCUCCUCUGUGAUCUUCUAAUGAUCUUCAGCCACCAGUUGACGUCGGGAAGCAGGGAGGGACUGCAGCCUCUAGUGUUCAAUCCAGACAAUCCGCUGCAGAAUGAACUCUUGAACUUUGUGAUGGAUCACGUCUUCAUAGAUCAAGAUGACGAGAACCAAAGCAUGGAGGGGGAUGAAGAAGAUGAAGCUAAUAAGAUAGAAGCCCUACACAAGAGGAGAAACCUCCUGGCAGCGUUCAGCAAACUCAUUAUCUAUGAUAUUGUUGACAUGCAUGCUGCUGCUGACAUCUUCAAGCACUAUAUGAAGUAUUACAACGAUUAUGGAGAUAUAAUCAAGGAAACACUAAGUAAAACAAGGCAAACUGACAAGAUCCAGUGUGCCAAAACUCUCAUUCUUAGCUUGCAGCAGCUCUUUAAUGAGCUUAUUCAGGAACAAGGACCUAAUCUGGACAGAACCUCCUCUCAUGUCAGUGGAAUUAAGGAGCUGGCUCGCAGAUUUGCACUUACUUUUGGUCUGGAUCAGAUCAAAACGAGAGAGGCUGUUGCAACCCUGCACAAGGAUGGUAUAGAGUUUGCCUUCAAAUAUCAAAACCCGAAAGGACCAGAAUUUCCUCCUCCGAAUCUUGCUUUCCUUGAAGUUCUCAGUGAGUUCUCUUCCAAACUCCUUCGUCAAGACAAAAAAACAGUACACUCUUAUCUGGAGAAGUUCAUGUCAGAGCAGAUGAUGGAGCGGCGGGAGGACGUGUGGCUGCCCCUCAUCUCAUACAGGAACUCUCUUCUUACUGGUGGCGACGAGGACAGGUUAUCUGUCACCAGCGGAAGCAGCAGCAAAGCCACGUCGGUACGGAGUAAAAAAGGGCGACCUCCUCUUCACAAGAAACGGAUAGAGGAGGAAAGUGUGGAAAGCUCCUGGAUCAUGAGAGACACUCUCCAGACCCCUGGAGCCCUGCAGACACCACAGCUCACCUCCACAGUUCUCCGAGAAAAUCCCCGGCAAGCAGCUGAACAUAUACCAGACCAAGACUCUGAGCCAGGCUCUGAAACAGACUAUGUACACAAUCAACAAAUGCAGAUGUCCUGGUUAGGUCAACAGAAGUUGGAGGAUGUAAACCGGAAAGACAGAACGGGCAUGAAUUACAUGAAAGCAAGAAGUGGUGGUGUCCGGCAAACUGUUCGAGGCCUCAUGGAGGAUGAUGCAGAGCCGAUCUUCGAAGACGUGAUGAUGUCAUCACGUGGCCAGCUGGAGGACAUGAAUGAAGAGUUUGAAGACACCAUGGUCAUUGAUCUACCUCCUUCGAGGAACAGACGGGAGAGGGCUGAAUUAAGACCAGAUUUCUUUGACUCUGCAGCUAUCAUAGAAGAUGAUUCAGGUUUCGGGAUGCCCAUGUUCUGAAAGGAAAGUUGCAAAACAGAGCUGAAAUGUGUAUGGAGCAAGGGGCCUUUAUACUGUGAUUGCUUGUUAUAUAACAUUCUAAAAUUGAUCUACUUUUAUUUUGACAAAAAAAAUAAAUAAUUUAAAAAGUAAAACAAGUGUCAGACCAGAAGACCAUGCAAGAACUAUCAAAAGGUUUGUCACCCUUGUAGUGUACAGCAGCAGUACUUCUUCCUGAGGAUGAAUGGCUUUCUUAAAGUUGUUAAAUGCAGGUGAUACUGCUGCUGACCUCGGAUUUUUUUUU